GAAGAGUUUUAACCUCCUUAGGUUGGUUAAUUUUCAUGGUAUUUGGAUUUGAGAACUAGCAAAACGCAAACGACAACAAUGCUUUUUAGCAAGAUUUUGAAGUCGGGUGUUGGAACUGCGCUGAGGUUUCAAAGCAAUGCUGUUGCAGCUAGUGCAAGAGCAGCCACUGCAGUGAAAGGGUCCCAUGGAGGGUUCUCCUUUGAUCUGACUGACCAGCAGAAAGAAUUCCAGGAAGUAGCCAGGAAAUUUUCAAGAGAAGAGAUUAUUCCAGUUGCCCAAGAUUAUGACAAAAGUGCUGAAUAUCCAGUUCCACUCAUCAGGAGGGCAUGGGAGCUGGGAUUAAUGAAUGCUCAUAUCCCAGAGGACUGUGGUAGGUCAAUAUUUAACAGAAUGAAAAUAAAAUUACAUCAUAUUUGUUCCUUUGUUAUAAUCAUUAUGACCCAGAAUGGGGUGUGUGUAUAUAGCUCUUGGAAACAAAUUUCUGUUCCUGUUCCAGGGGGGUUGGGUCUGUCUAUUUUUGAUGCUUGCCUCAUCACCGAGGAGUUGGCCUAUGGCUGCACAGGAGUACAAACGGCCAUUGAAGCUAACUCUCUUGGACAAAUGCCAGUCAUUCUUUGCGGUAACGAUGCUCAGAAAAAAAAGUAUUUGGGAAGGUUGACUGAGGAGCCACUGAUGUGUGCCUACUGCGUGACAGAACCAGGAGCUGGCUCUGAUGUGGCAGGCAUAAAGACUCGUGCUGAGAAAAAAGGAGAUGAAUACAUUGUCAAUGGGCAGAAAAUGUGGAUCACCAAUGGAGGAAAAGCAAACUGGUAUUUUCUGCUGACCCGCACAAACCCUGAUCCCAAAUGUCCAGCCAGCAAGGCUUUCACAGGCUUUAUCGUGGACGCUAAUACUCCAGGAAUUCAAAUUGGCAGGAAGGAAAUGAACAUGGGUCAGAAGUGCUCUGACACGCGAGGCAUAACUUUUGAGGAUGUGCGUAUCCCCAAAGAGAAUGUCCUGAUUGGAGAAGGAGCUGGCUUCAAGAUUGCUAUGGGUGCUUUUGACAGGACCAGACCUCCAGUUGCUGCAGGGGCCACAGGGCUUGCUCAGAGAGCACUGGAUGAAGCCACCAAGUAUGCCUUGGAGCGAAAAACGUUUGGCAGAGUUAUUGCUGAUCACCAGGCUGUUUCAUUUAUUCUGGCAGAGAUGACCAUGAAGGUGGAGCUGGCCAGGAUGGCAUAUCAGCGGGCUGCCUGGGAGGUGGACCAGGGCCGCAGGAACACUUACUACGCCUCCAUUGCCAAGGCCUUUGCUGGAGACAUCGCCAACCAGGUUGCUAGUGAUGCCGUGCAAAUUUUCGGUGGGAAUGGAUUCAAUAGUGAAUACCCUGUGGAGAAACUGUUGAGGGAUGCAAAGAUAUAUCAGAUUUAUGAAGGAACUGCUCAAAUUCAAAGACUCAUUAUAGCACGAGAGCAUCUUGGCAAAUACCAGCAGUGAACUUAACUUGAAUCUCUUCAACAGGAGACUUAAUUUUAGACCCUCUGAUUCCAUUUGAAAAAUGGUUCUAAACAACAGAUGCUGUUAAUUGUGUAACACCUAUUGUAAUUGCAAUAAGACCUACAUGCUAUUAGUGACUUGGUGGAGUGUUCCUUUUACAGCCAGAGGAGGAUGGGCCAUGCUUUGAGUCUUGGUUCCUCUCGAGGUUACUUCAUGGGGAGUUUUUCCCCUUGUCACCGUCACCCUUAUCUUGCUCACAAGGGGCUUGGACUGUUGUAAAAAGCACUAAAUAAAUGAGUUGGUUUGACUUUUAUAUGCAUCAAUGGAUCUCAGGACUGUCAUUCAGAAUGCCAGCUUCCUCCAGUGUCAUAGGCCAGAUACAAAAUCAUAAAUGCUUGUCUUGCUAAUGUUUGUGCAUAAUGUAGAUUUUCUUACCAAUUUAAUGUCAGUUAACACAAUUUUGACUGGUGCAGAAACUGUUUUGUUUGCUUUUAAAAAAAAAUCUAAAUGGUAUACCUUCCAAAAAAUGAACAGUGUCCUCUGGGGAGUAGGGUUAAUUCUAUAAUUGGCAUUACUUUUGAAUGUGUAUUUUUGAGAAUGACUGACUGAUGCUUAUGGCUGAAACUAAUUAAAUGUGUUUAUAAAUUA